AUGGAACUUCAACGUCAGCUAGAACAAGCUGCCCUCCAGAGAGAACAAGCUGCCCUCCAGAGAGAACAAGCUGCCCUCCAGAGAGAACAAGCUGCCCUCCAGAGAGAACAAGCUGCCCUCCAGAGAGAACAAGCUGCCCUCCAGAGAGAACAAGCUGCCCUCCAGAGAGAACAAGCUGCCCUCCAGAGAGAACAAGCUGCCCUCCAGAGAGAACAAGCUGCCCUCCAGAGAGAACAAGCUGCCCUCCAGAGAGAACAAGCUGCCCUCCAGAGAGAACAAGCUGCCCUCCAGAGAGAACAAGCUGCCCUCCAGAGAGAACAAGCUGCCCUCCAGAGAGAACAAGCUGCCCUCCAACGUGGACGUGAGAGGGAACAUGCUGACCUCCAACGUGGACGUGAGAGGGAACAUGCUGACCAACAACGUGGACGUGAGAGGGAACAAGCUGACCUCCAACGUGGACGUGAGAGGGAACAUGCUGACCUCCAACGUGGACGUGAGAGGGAACAUGCUGACCUCCAACGUGGACGUGAGAGGGAACAAGCUGACCUCCAACGUGGACGUGAGAGGGAACAUGCUGACCUCCAACGUGGACGUGAGAGGGAACAUGCUGACCUCCAACGUGGACGUGAGAGGGAACAUGCUGACCUCCAACGUGGACGUGAGAGGGAACAUGCUGACCUCCAACGUGGACGUGAGAGGGAACAUGCUGACCAACAACGAGACCGAGAGAAUGACCAACUCCGGCUCCAAGAACAACAAACAGCCUUGGAACGUCAACGCGAACGGGUGAGACUUCAGCUACAAGAACAAGAACCCACCAUCGCUCUCCGUUUGGAGUAA